UUUUUUUGAAAUGUCAACAGAAAACGAACAGAAUGAGGGUGGGGAAGAAGUUAAAAAAGAAAUUGUUUAUCCCUUAAGUGUGACUUAUUGUGGAGCCUGUACAAUGCCUAUAGAAUAUUGCGAAUUUAGUGGAAUGUCUGAAAAGUGUAAACAGUGGUUAAUUACCAACCUUCCUGAGGUUGCAACAGAACAGUUAAAAAUUGAUGAGAGUGGGGAAGGGGAACAACAAACGGAGAAGAAACAUCAGAAAAGAGGCGGUAAAGGUUCUACUUCAUCAACAUUAUCGUCAAAACAAGGCAAAAAAGGACAAAAAGAAAUUAAACAAAAAAUUACUUUAAAAACAGAAACGCGAAGCAAAAAUAAAUCUGUGACAAUAGUUAAAGGGCUUUUAACUUGCAAUAUUGAUUUAAAAACGGCCUCCAAAUUAUUUUCUAAUAAAUUUGCUUGUGGUUGUUCUGUUGCGGGUACUGAUGAAUUGGUUAUUCAAGGAGAUUUUAAGGACGAACUUUUCGAAUUAAUACCUGAAAAAUGGGGUAUAGACGAGGAUGCUAUAGAGGAUUUGGGUGGUGAACCACAACAAAAGAAAUAA